CACAAGAGUCUCCUUUGCCCGGCACAAAAGCAGGUGAACUUGGAGGUUGAAGCGAAGAGCCCCGCUCAGUCCACACACAGGCACACCAGAUCUGUAAAAUGGGUGUGACGGGGAGGACAAACUGACCUGAGCUGGACAGACAACACCAGACCCUGAGGAUGCUGGAAGAGGAACAGUGCUUGUGAGACUGACCUGGUGACCAUGGGCGAGCAGCAGCAGCUCUGUAGUGAAACCGGAUGGUGCAUGGAGUUACAGACAGUUUAGAGCUACGUCUCGUUUCCCCUAAGAGGGCACCCUCAGAUCAUCUUGGGAAGGGAGAAAGGAUGACAGCAAUGGAUCACCAGUUCCCUUCUUGGAUCGUUGUCAAUGAGAGCACAUCCAUAAGCAGGGAACAACUCAAUUAUUUACUGGAGACUUAUAAUGUUUUCUAUGAAAACCAGAAAAAUCUGCAUAUACUGUAUGGGCAGACCGAAGACGGACAGCUGAUUGUUGAAGGGAUGCUGGACAUUUUCUGGGGAGUCAAACGACCCAUACAGCUGAAAAUACAAGAUGAGAAGCAAAUCUCUUCCUUUGAUCUGUUGAACACACCGGAAACCUUUUCCAGCAAAGGGAGGAUGACUCGCUGGGGAGAAUUUGAUGACCUUUACCGUAUCAGCGAGCUGGACAGGACCCAUGUUCUAGCAUCUGAAGCCAGGCAUUCCCCGGAAGACUAUUUAUCUUACCACAGCACUCUGACACCAUACGCAGACGAAGAGCCGGAAUCCCCAUUGCUCUACAGGACCAUGAGUGAGGCAGCUUUGGUGAGAAAAAGGAUGAGGGCCCCAGAGAUGUACAGAAAAGAUAGAAUGGGGGUGCUAAGUAACCACAGAGCCUCUAUCAACGGACACGUCUAUGACCAUGAGACAUCCAUCUUCACCCCAACUUUCGGAUCAGAGACUAAGGUCAGAGCCAAUAGUAUCAUGAGAACUGAAGAAGUAAUAAAGCAACUUCUCCAGAAAUUUAAGAUUGAGAAUAGCCCUCGGGAUUUCGCUCUUUACAUUAUUUUUGGGACAGGAGAGCAGAGAAAGCUAAAGAAGACCGAUGUCCCACUGCUGCAGAGGUUACUACAAGGACCAUCCAAAAGCAAUGCUCGGAUCUUCCUCAUGGAUAAAGAUGCAGAAGAAAUCAGCAGAGAUGUGGCUCCGUACAUUAAUUUUCACUUUUCUUUCUUGGAAUCCAUCCUUCAAAGAUUAGAUGAAGAAGAGAAAAUGGAGAUUGAGAGAAUUAUGGCAAAAUUCAAUACCGAAAGGGCCUUUAUCCUGAAGUGUCUACAGAGUAAACAGGCAGCUAAAACGGAGACCACAGUCUAGAAGCCCUGCUCAGCGGAGUUAGAGGGAGCACUGCAGAAUCCGUGUGUGGUCUGCUCUGCAUCCUAAUAUGCAUGGCUCUGAAGCUUUGGACGAACGAAUGCCGAGCAGCCUGCUUCCUCUUUGAAAUGCAGAGGUUGGCUGCGGUUCAGAGUUGGACUAAGGCAAGAUGGGACUUCAUUUCAGUAACUGAAGGGAAGCCUGCACACUGCCCAUUCCAAAUGUCCUCGAUAGCAAGUUCUCGGGUGAGCUCAGACUCAAGUGGACUCUGCUCUUAUCACCUGGUUUAAGCUUGUUUUAUCUUGCGCUCUUAAAAGAGCCGAGAUACUUGAUGACUCAUAAAUGACGGGAAGUAAACAUUUCCAGUUCCUGAUGUCAACAAGAAACACAUUCUCAAGCCAUCAGCGAUCUGAACUGACCCUGUUUCACAGCUGUGUAAACAUCUGAGCAUUUUCAUAAGAUUUAGGAAUAGAUCUACAAGGGCUGAUGAUUUUAAACUCUGAAGUAUCAGAGUACCCGACCUUUUAAAAUAAAGUGGUUUUGGAUUUUUGUAAAGAAACCUAAACUCGAGGCUGGAGUGAUGGCUACGUGGUUAAGAGCAUUGACUACGCUUCCAGAAAUCCCCAGUUCAGUUCCCAGCAUCUACAGGGCAACUGGCAAUUAUCUGCAACCCCCGUCCUAGAGGAUCUGGUACCCACCUAUGUGGGCAUUGCAAGCACGGGGCACACAGACACAGAGGGAGGCAAAACAGCUAUAUAUGUUAUAAAUAAACAAAUAUUAUUAAAAAAAACCUAAA